GAGAGAGAGAGAGAGAGAGAGAGAGAGAGAGAGAGAUAAGACUAGUCAAAGGUACAGAAACUUUGCAUGGGAAAGAGUUAUAGCAAAGAUUUUAGCAUUUUAGUGUGCUCUGUUUUUUUCUUUCCCUUCCUGAUCUUUAUAUAAGCAUGGCCUCCUAGUUUGUCACAGACCCACUUUCCUUCACUGCUAUUUUCUCUUGCUGCCUUCAAAGUAUCAUCAAGUCAAGCCCUUUCUCUUCUAUCACUUUCUUUCAUUCAAAAAAAAAAAAAAAAAAAAAGGACCUAUAUUUUCUUUCUUUCUCAAUUCCAAAGCUUUCAGAUAUGGCAGCCUUUUCAUACUCUCACCAUCCUUUUCUUCUUGACUCAGUUUUAUUGCCAAACACUCCCAUUAAGAUGUCUGGAUUCAUGGAUGAAACCAAUCUCAACACCAAUUUCUUCUCUCAGUUUUACCCAUCUCAACAUUUUCAGGAAAUCCCUCUUGAUGUUAGAUUAGAAGAAACCAGCUGUCUUGAUCAUAGCUCAAGGAUUGCUCUCAGUGAUAAUGAACCUUCCAUGACCAAAAAACAUAGCACUGAGUCUUCCUUUGUGGUGGAUAAGCUUGAAAGUGGUGAGCAGGUUACUCAGGAAGUUCCUACCAUGGAUAAGAAGAGAAAGAACAGAAAUGGGUCAUCCUUAAGCUCUGCUCAAUCCAAGGAUGCAAGAGAGAACAAAGGCAAGAGACAAAAGAAAAGUAAUGAUGCUAAGAAAGAUGAAGAGAAAAAGCUUAAGUGUGAUAAAAAUGGUGAGGCAAAAUCUCGAGAAGAACCUUCAAGAGACUACAUUCAUGUCAGAGCAAGGAGGGGUCAGGCAACAGAUAGCCACAGCCUUGCUGAGAGGGUAAGAAGAGAGAAAAUCAGUGAAAGGAUGAAGAUGCUACAGAAACUUGUUCCUGGCUGUGACAAGGUAACUGGAAAGGCCCUCAUGUUGGAUGAGAUUAUCAAUUAUGUUCAGUCCCUACAAAAUCAAGUAGAGUUCCUUUCAAUGAAGCUUGCUUCUGUGAAUCCCAUGUUCUAUGACUUUGGAAUGGACCUAGAUUCAUUCAUGGUCAGACCAGAGAGAUUGAGUUCCAUGGCAUCACCAGUUCAAUCCAUUCCACAAUGCAGCCCAACACAACAACAAACCACAGCUUUUGCUGAUACAGCAACCACCACUACCAGCAACAACAACAACAACACCAACUUCACCACAGCUACCAACUUUCCUCAUGUAGGAAACUCAGCUCCACUUUUGCUACCACAAGAGCAAAGGCCAAAUGCUUUCUCACAUGUUAAUGGCAGUCUGUUGUGGGAAGUGGAAGAUCAAAGACAAAACUUUCUUAGUCCAUCUGGCUUCAGCAACAAUAUGUGCACUUUCAAUUGAUAUGAAGCUAAACAAAAAGCUGCCCUACCAAAACAUAUAUAUUUGUGAUGAAAUCUGAAGCAGUCAAAACCAGAGGAAAGAGACUUAAGAAAAAGAAAAUGAUUCCCAAAAAAAAAAAAAAAAGGAGAAGGGCUCUUUUUCUUCAGUAUCAACUCCAAUCAAGAGGGUUUUGUUCUUCAGGCCAAAAAAAAAAAAAAAGAAAAAAGAAAAAAAAGCACUGGUUCCAAGUCCAAUAGAUUGUAGUGGCCUGUGAACAUGAAUGAAGGGCAGCAAAAGAAAAGAAAAAAAAAAAAAAUUUAACGGAUGAAGAACACAAAAGGACAGAUACAACCGACCAAAUAAGACCAAAUCUUUUAGAGAUCCCUUGUUCGUGUCCAUCAAUUCGCUCUCAUCAUCUCCCACCUAGUCUUAGCAUUUGCACAGAUUCCAAGACCCUUGUUAUGGUAGUGAUGGUUAGUAAUUGAAACUUUUUAUCUAAAAAAUAUAUAUAUAUUAAUUAUUAUAUAAAAAAAGGCCUAUUAAUUAUUAUAAAAAACCCAUUAAGUAAUUUUUGAUUAAUUUUUUGUUGUUGCAGUUGUUUCUGUUAUUACAGUUAUUUUUACCCUUUUUUUUUUUUUUUUUUUUUUUUUUUUUGGGGUUAGUAAAAGAAAUUGAUUCUGUUCCUGUUUUUUUUUAUAUGACUAGCUAUGCAUUUUGUAUUGUAUUGGUUGGGAAUCUUUUGGUAUUUCGUAAUUAUUAUUGGAUGAGGUUUUCUGAGGUGAAUUCCCCCCAUCCCAUUUAUGUAACGGUUCUGGUCGUACAGAGCAUCUAUCAAAUACAACUUUAUUAUUAUUUU